AACGUUAGCCUGCUAGCAUUUACAGUCUGUUUUAAAAAAUGCAUCUCUGUGUGGUUUGAUUUAAAGCUAGUUGUGAUCACGUUGUAAGAACACAACAUUGCCAUGCGUGUGUGUUGCCAUGUUAUUGUGUAACAGUGAAGAACAGCUGUUUGUCAGCUAAUGCUAAUGUUAGCUGCUAAGUUAGUGGCUGCUUUGCUGGAAGAAGGGGCGUCACAGCUAGCCUGCUGUUAGCUUAGCAUUAGCAUCUUUCCCCCCUCUGGUGCACGCUGGCAGCAGACCCUGAGAUAUGUCCACCUGUCGGGAGUUUUACAAUCCCUGUUGAUGUUGUUUUGCACGCUGCAAGCUGAACUUAGCACUGAAAGGCGUUGUUUCCUGUCUGUGUUGCAUGUGAUUACUUCUUGUUGACAUCGCAGAGCACUGUGAAGUGUCCCUAGGCCGGAGCUCCGCAGACAGCACAGCGAUGAAGAGGAGCAGGCACCCCAGCAGCAGUGAUGACUCCGACAAUGGAAGAAGGAAACGGAGAGAGAGAAAAGGAAAGAAGGGCAGCAGAUGGACAAAGAUUAAGGAAAAGAGAAAGCGCGUCUACAGUCUGAGAGACAGGAGUCAGAGUAGGAUCUCUAAAGACAUCCUGGCAGGUAAUUCUACCUGCUGGUCCCAACAGUCAUCACAGCCCAGGAGGGGGACCGGGCAGAAACCCUCCGAGGUUUUCAGGACCGACCUGAUCACCGCCAUGAAGGUCCACGACUCGUACCAGCUGAACACGGAGGACUACUACGUCCUCGCUGACCCGUGGAGGCAGGACUGGGAGAAGGGAGUCCAGGUUCCCGUCAGCCCCCAGGCCAUCCCGCAGCCCGUCGCCAGGGUGUUGGCCGAGAAAGGGAAGGAGGUCAUGUUCAUCAGGCCAAAGAAGUUGAUCCGGACGUCGGGCGCCGAGGCGCUGGGCUACGUGGACAUCCGGACGCUGGCGGAGGGGAUGUGCCGCUACGACCUAAACGAGGAGGACGUGGCCUGGCUGCAGACCACCAACAAGGAGUUUGCAGAGAUGGCCAUGCCACCGCUGGACGAGAUCACCAUGGAGCGCGUGAUGGAGGAGUUUGAACGCUGCUGCCAUGAAAACAUGACGCACGCCACGGAGACGGAGGAGGGGCUGGGCAUCGAGUACGACGAGGACGUGGUGUGCGACGUCUGCCAGUCGCCCGACGGCGAGGACAACAACGAGAUGGUGUUCUGCGACAAGUGCAACAUCUGCGUUCACCAGGCGUGUUACGGCAUCCAGAAAGUCCCAAAGGGCAGCUGGCUGUGCCGGAUCUGCGCCCUCGGCAUCCUGCCAAAGUGCCAGCUGUGUCCCAAGAAUGGCGGAGCCAUGAAGCCGACCCGGAGCGGAACCAAGUGGGUCCACGUCAGCUGUGCCUUGUGGAUCCCAGAGGUGAGCAUCGGGAAUCCAGAGAAGAUGGAGCCGAUCACCAACGUGUCCCAGAUUCCCAGCAACAGAUGGGCUCUGAUCUGCUGCCUGUGUAAAGAGAAGUCCGGAGCGUGCAUACAGUGCUCAGCGAAAAACUGCCGGACUGCCUUCCACGUGACGUGCGGCCUCACCGCCAGCCUCGAAAUGAACACCAUCCUCUCGGAGGACGACGAGGUCAAGUUCAAGUCCUACUGUCCCAAACACUCCGGGCUCGAGGGCGCCGAGUCCAGGGACCGAGACUCGGGAGGCGAGGAGGAGAAGGAGAGCGCCGGCAGCGACAAGAAGGGCAAGAGGAGAGGCAGGGUGAGAUGGGAGGAAGACGCCGCCUCCUCCUCCUCGUCUCCCUACGUGGCUCCUCAGCUCCUCGACAGAGCGCCCAGCAACCUGGAGGUGCUCACCAGCCGCCAGCAGGAGAAGAGAGUCAGCCUCCGCAAGCUGAAGCUGCAGGAGAUGGAGGAGGAGUUCUACCAGUUUGUGGAGGUGGAGGAGGUGGCCGCUCACCUGAAGCUGCAGCCGGAGGUGGUGGACUUCCUGUUCCAGUACUGGAAGCUGAAGCGCAAAGCCAACUUCAACCAGCCGCUCCUCACGCCCAAGAAGGACGAGGAGGACAGCCUGGCACGCCGCGAGCAUGAGGUGCUACUGAGACGCCUGCAGCUCUUCACACACCUGCGACAGGACCUGGAGAGGGUCCGUAACCUGACCUACAUGGUGACUCGGAGGGAGAAGAUGAAGCGCUCGAUGUGGAGAGUCGAGGAGCAGAUCUUCCAGCACCAAGUUCGACUGCUCGACCAGGAGCUGCUCACGGGCGAUCCUUCAACGAAGGAUUUGGAGAAGCUCUUCACUCUGGACUGGUUGUCCUCUCAGGGCUCCCAGUCUCGCUCCUCCUGGAGCCACUCAGGACUGAAAACCAAACGAGGGUCUUUAAAGCAGGAAAAAAGGAAAAGCGGCGACCGUAAAGGCCUCUCCGACUCCCCGCACACUCACAAGAAGGACAAUCUGAGCAAACCACUGGAGAUGAAGGACAGUAAAGGCUCCAGAAUCAAAGAGUCUGAGCCUGCUGAGGACACGAGCGACGCCAAAACCCAGAACUCUGAGAUCAGCAAGGAGAUUCAGUUCCCAAAGCUUCAGAGGCCAGAAGUCGUUCAUGAAACGAUCACCCUCAAGCUGCACAAACUGGAGAGCAGGAAAUGCCCCAGGAGGGAGGCCCCGGGGCCCGAACACGAGGCGCUGGCCAGACGGAAACGAGAUAAUGAUCAUGAAGAGGAGAGGAGGAGGAAGAGGAGGAGCGAUGUGAACAGGUUCGGGUCAAAACACCUGGAGAAAACGGUGUCCAUCAGGCUGGUCGAUAUCAGGAACUCUGACAACGACGACUACUUCAUUGACGAACGGAUGGCCAAAAGAAGCCCCGUCUCUCUGGACGUGACGAAAAACACUAAACUCAACAGAGCCGGCGAGGUCUCAGCCGCCGCCACCAAAGCCAACGGUUGGCUGAGGAAAGGUCAGUCGAACGGCUCGCACACGACUAACAGACAUGUGGGAGGACAUCUUAGAAGCUGGGGGAAGUUCAGGAUCCCGAAGAGGAGCGAGAGGCCUCUGGCGGCAGCGACGAAGGAGGAGGAGGAAGAGGAGGAGGAGGAGCUGCUGAGGCCGCUGACCAACACGCCGGAGCCGUCGUACCCCAGGACCAGACACCGCACGGGGACGGAGAGCGACGGCUACGCCUCCGACUCCAAAUCAGGCGACGGCGAGAUGGAGCCCUGCUUGAAGCGAUGCCACUCCCACCAGCUGAGGGGAGACUCGUCUCUCGGCCGGCGCUACGGGUCUGACAUCAUCCGCCGGGGCGUGCUGGCCUCCUGAUGGCGGAGCAACACUUUGGAAAAUAAGCUGCACUGUGUUAAGUCGGAAAAGAACGACUGACGCUCUUUGUACCUUUUUUAAUUUUCUCGACGAAUCCUAAAAAUGCCUAGAUUAAAAACAGAGCCGAUAUUUAUUUUUUAUUUGUAAAAUAUGUAAAUCUGGGAAAAUAUUUGACUUUAUUUUGAGCUAGUUUUUAUUAUUUUUUUUCCGUUAAAAGUAGAAAGAUGUCAAGUUGCCACUUAAACGCUCGCUCAGAUAUUUACAAGCAAAUAGUUGCUUGGGACCACAAGCUUGCAAUGUAAUCUGUUUUUUUUGACAUAGUAUUAAACUCAGUUGCACCUAGUUGAAGAAGCUGACAGAUAAUCAUCUUAUCAGCAAAUAGAACUCUUUAGGUCUUUUUUUUUUUUUUUUUAAAUCAAGCUUCAUCGGAUGUUAACAGCUACAAAACAGGAAGUCAAACUGCCCUUUUAGCGCUAUUUACUCCAGCUGUCAUCGUUUCUUCAGUCUGUGAUUGUCGAACAUUAUGAACUGGGAAACCACAAACAAAAAAAAGGAAUUCAGAAUGACGUUUCAUCAGCACUUAAGUGUAAUUGAACUGCGAUCGUAUCGUAUCCAUCAUGUGCCUAACUUUUAUUUGAAGCGUUUGCACUACGAAGAGGACGGCACAGGUGUGAGGUAUGAGUAGAGAGUUAUUUUUACACUGAAAAAUUUAAAAAGCGUUUUGUACCCUCGGCCGCUGCUGUACUACUGUUAUGCAAAAUGAAACUUGUUUUUGUCUCAAAGAGGAAUAAAAACUCUGGAGGACUGAAA